AUGGCUAUUCCUAACGCAGCUUUGCAAAAGCUACUACAGGAGGUCGAAACUCAGGCAGUUCUCUCUCAGCAAAAAAUCACUCAAACGCAGGCUGAACUCAGUGCCAAACGACGGGAUUCACGGUUGAAUCUCCUCACAGCGAAUGAAUUGAGAUCGCUGUCCAAGGACACCAAGACCUACGAGGGAGUUGGCAAGAUGUUCGUGGCCGUGCCUAUGUCUACCCUCAGUCAACGCCUCGAAUCCGAAUCAACCACAUUGAACAAAGAGAUCUCGGAUCUGGAAAAGAGGCUGCACUAUCAAGAGACCACCUACAAAAACAGUCGCCAACACAUUGAAAAGAUCUUACAAUCUGGAGCUCGCCCGUAG